UGUGCAGAAGAAGAGCUCGGGAGUCUUUCGCUCAAUGCCAGGAUUUACUAAGCACAGAAUUUAAGGCUAAAAGGAGGAGCAACGGGAUUUAAGCUUCUCUAGGAUUUAAAGUUGUCAUUUUGGCUGUUGGGCAGGAUCCGAGUUGAGCUGCUGUUCAAAUCCAGCGACCGAACCGCAGUUGCAUUUCACAUGGGCGGUGUAGGUCGGCUUCGCCCACCCGGUUUCCCCAUUCUGGCAGCAUAAUCACAGAAGGGAGACGACGAGAGGAAUUCGCGCAUCGAAAUGGCGCAGAUUCCUAACCUGGACAAUUCCCCUCUCAACUUCACCGCGCUCAGAGAGCGUUCGCAGAAGGAGCUCAUUAACAUUCUCAAGAACGUUCGCGGGAAGAAGUGUCUUGUCAUCGAUCCUAAGCUUGGGGGUUCACUUUCGUUGCUCAUCCAGACUUCUAUGCUAAAGGAGAAUGGUACAGAAUUGCGGCAUCUUUCUGCUGAUCCUGUUCAAACAGAAUGCUCGAAAGUGCUGUAUCUUGUUCGUUCUCAACUGAACUUGAUGAAGUUCAUUUCAUCCCACAUUCAGAAUGAUGUUUCAAAAGGGUUGCAGAAGGAGUACUUUGUUUAUUUUGUCCCUCGCCGCACAGUUGUUUGUGAAAAGAUUUUUGAGGAGGAGAAGGUUCAUCAUUUAAUUACUUUUGGAGAGUACCCGUUAUAUAUCUUGCCAGUGGAUGAAGAUGUUUUAUCAUGUGAACUGGACCUUGCUUUCCGGGAAUGCUUAAUUGAUGGUGAUACAAGUGCUCUUUGGCAUGUUGCAAAUGCCAUUCAUAAACUAGAGUUUUCAUUUGGAGUAAUACCAACUGUCCGGGCCAAAGGAAAAGGAUCAGCAAAAAUUGUUGACAUUUUGAAUAGCCUGCAAGUGGAAGAGCCAGUGAAUGCUCCUGAUAUGGGGGCUCCGGAGAUAAAUAUGCUUAUCUUGAUUGACAGGGAGGUGGAUAUGGUGACACCAAUGUGCUUUCAGUUGACUUACGAAGGAUUAUUGGAUGAGAUAUUACAAGUGAACAAUGGUGCAGUGGAGGUAGAUGCUUCCAUUAUUGGAGCCCAGCAAGAAAGAAAUAAAAUCAAAGUUCCACUCAAUUCCAGUGAUAAAUUGUACAAGGACAUUCGAGAUCUUCACUUUGAGGAAGUUGUGCAGGUUCUCCGUGAGAAGGCUACUUCAAUGCAGAAAGAUUAUGCCGAUGUAAAAACCACUUCACAAUCUGUGUCAGAGUUGAAGGAUUUUGUGAAGAAAUUAAAUUCGUUACCAGAAAUAGCUAGGCAUGUAAGCCUUGCCCAACAUUUGCAAACUUUUACUUGCAAGCCAUCAUUCCAUUCCCGCCUUGACAUUGAGCAAACAAUCUUGGAAUUGCAAAACUUUGAUCUUUGCUUUGAGUAUAUUGAGGAAAUGAUUCACAAGCAAGAACCUAUCAUAUCUGUAUUCCGUCUGCUGGUGUUACUUUCUGUUACCAACAAUGGUUUACCAAAGAAAAACUUCGACUAUUUGAGGAGGGAGAUAUUGCAUAGCUAUGGAUUUGAGCACAUGCCCACACUUUAUAAUCUUGAAAAAGCUGGGUUAUUUAAGAGACAGGAAUCAAAAAGCAACUGGCUUAUGAUUUCAAAAGCACUCCAGUUGAUAGCUUCUGAGUCCGAAGCUUCCAAGCCAGAUGAUAUUUCAUACAUUUUUUCUGGGUAUGCACCUCUUAGCAUCCGUAUAGUCCAACAUGCAAUAAGAUCCGGUUGGCGCUCCAUUGAUGAAAUAUUGAGGUAUCUUCCUGGACCACAUGUGGAUUUGAAGAGAGGUGGUUCAACCAAUUCUUCUCCAUUUGAUAAAGUUCCCAGCUUUCAAUCAAAUCUUGACAGGCUUGCUGAUGGCCGUCGUGCUUUAGUUCUAGUGGUUUUUGUUGGAGGCGUGACUUUCGCAGAAAUAGCCGCUCUUCGUUUUCUGAGUUCACAGGAUGGUAUGGGCUAUGAUUUCAUCAUUGGAACAACAAAGAUUGUAAAUGGAAACACAGUACUUGAAGCUCUCAUGACUACUAAUUAAGAUUCAAAGAGAAAUGAAAUUUGGGUUCAGCCAUUUGUGGCAGCUUCUUUGUAGUUUCUACUGUUAAAGUAAUUCUAUUAAAUAGUUUAUAGAGUUUCUGCAGAAGUUUUUAGUAGAUACCAAAGGAAUUGCCACUGCUUGUGGUGUUCUUAAAUAUUAUUUAUAUUGGUUACACUGACACUCAUCUGAAUUAGUACUACAUAUUUUUGCUCUAGCUGAUGUUAUUUAAUAUCUUUUGUUAUAGUUUUUGGUCAUUGA